AUGUUAGACAAUUAUAAAAAGAAAGAAGAACAACGAAUGGAUAUCGUGAAAAUGAAAAUGCUUAGGCUUAGUUGGACACAGCCUAACAGUUUAGAGAACUUUGCAGCAGCUGACCAGUUUAGAGAACUUGUUUUAGGGGCUGAACGAGGAGCAAGUGAAAACAUUUCUGAAUCAACAACAUCAACAUUAAGAUCUAUUGCGGAACAGGCACCAUCAACAUCAAGAGCUACUACGGAACAGACACCAUCGACAUCAAGAGCUACUACGGAACAGACAACAUCGACAUCAAGAGCUUCUGCGGAGCAGACACCAUCAACAUCCACAGCUAAACCUGGUCCUUUACCUUCAUAUUCAGGUGUCGUUAAAGUAUCACAUCAUGUAGCUCCCAUAGCAAAGAAAUUAUUUAAAAAUUCUACUUAA